AUGGCUACUCCGAUCGAGAACCAUCCUCGUCCUAGCCUUAAUCCGCUAUGGACUCCUUCAUAUAACCAUGGCGGCUUCCCUCGGUCUUCUUCAUCUUCAGCCAGACCUACAGCACCUAGCUCGUAUUACAGUCCCUCUGACCGUUCACCGAAAAGCCUGCCCACUCCGGUAUUUCCUUCCAACGAUGGAUCCAUGAGACAACAUGAGCGGGCUAUGGUCGACCGCCUCGGCUCCAACCUCCGACAAGCUCAAGGUGCCGGCGGCCUUAGCCCGCCAAAGUCGUCAAACCGGCCAACGCCGCUCUCUCCUCUUGCAAAGCACUCAGCUAGCGAUGGCAGGCGUUACUCGGCUGCCCCCAUUAGUCCUCGCCGGCCAGGUCCGCCGCCGCCGCCAUCAGCAACUCCGGUCUCCCCACCGGUGGGCAGCAGCGGUCGCAGACAGACCCUGGCAGCGGAAACUCGGUCGAUGCUUCUUGCCGGCUUGGGCGAUGAGGCACAGCGACGGCAGUCUGUGGCAGGAGCUGGAUACCUUGCCAGAUCGAAGGAGGUUGAGAAGCGCAUCAAGCUUGAGCAGCUGCGAGCAUGGGGUCAUGUGUAUCUCGGUGAUGCCAAAACCUCUGAUGUCUUUGUCCAGGCUGUAGCUUUUCGUCGAAAAUCUGAUGCAAGCACCAACUCGGAUAACUCAGCUGGUGGUUCCUUGCCCCCGAUGCCGCCCACGCCGACACUCCCGCCCGACCAGACCGUAAUUCGGGCUCUUGUGCGUCCUCGGGCCCUGGACCGCAAACCGUUCGUCAUCCAACGCACUCUCGACAUAGAGCAGCUACGCUCCACCGUCGCGGACCCGUUGCCAAGCUCUCCUUCCGCACAUCAAAGACAGCGGCCAUCUCUUCAUUCUUUGGCCAGUUCACCAUCGCCAAACGUCUCAUCUCCUCGGCCGAGCGCGGCACGAAGGCGGUCGAGCAGCGCGAUACACAGCCCGCUCCCUUACAGCCGUGGGCUAAAAUCUGGAUAUCCCCGCGCAGCUCCAUCUCGAGGCGCCACCAUUAUGCCAAUCCAUCUCCAAUACGCCUGGCCCUCGCUCCCGGUGCUGGCAGCUCUUAUCGUCUCUGGCCAUAUCACGGCAGGCGACGUUAUUGAGCUGCCGCUACCCUAUCCCGAGGUCUGGUCCAAGACAGUCACCUAUGUCUACACAGGACAAGGCGAGUUGACGAAUGCGGUCAUAGAAAACAUCCGUUACCUUGCUGGAAAAGUUUAA